AUGAACCGACCCUCAGUUCGACCCUCCCCCAAGCUAAGGGCUUCGGAUUGGUGGAGGCGUUGGUGGCCACCGACUGGUGGAGAUAGGCGACGGCAGAGGCUCGAUCUGGACCGUUGGAUGGGUCUAGAUCGGACAGCUGAGAUGAGUGGCGGUGACAUUUCUCUUUUAGGGUUGAAGAACAGUAGAAAAAAUUCAAAGAAACGAAAUGCAUGGCAUGAAAAGGGAGUAAUAAAUAGAGAUGAAGCGUUUGUUCUGGCUCCAUACCAUCCAUCCAUCUCCCACACUUGUCAUUCUCAAAUUCCAUCCGUUCUCGCUUCAGCCAUGUCUUCAACGAACUCCAAAGACCCUUCGAACCCUAAAGAAGACACAUCUUCACUCGUCGAGAAAAUCACUGGAAGGAUAGAUAACAUGUGGACAAUUCUUUCCGAAGCCAAGAAUGACACGAAGAAGGCUUUUAUAUUAAAGCCCGAGGAAGAAGAAAAAGGCGUGACGCCUAAUGCUUUCGAUAAAGCCUGCAAUGAGCUCAAGUAUUUGCUUGGUGAAUUCAAGAAACUGGGAAAAUUCGAAACUAAUCUUUCAGAACCAAUCAAAACCCUUGAAGACAACGUUAAUGACAUCCUAUCUGAUCUGGAAAAGAAGGACGCACAGCUGAAGAAACUGAUCGAAAACAAUCUUAACGUGCUGAGGAGCAACAUCACCAAACUCAAGGUCCAGAUCCCGUUGCAGCAUCAAGCUUCCUCCUCCAUCUCUAAGGAUCGAUAUGCACAAACCAUGAGUGCCGGCCGAGACGUCAGUGUUCUCCCUGAUCCGUUCGAAGCAGAUGGAAUAUUCGACAGCGAGGCUUUCCUCAAAGAAUUUGAACGCCAUUACGGUGGUCUUGAUCUAAGGCGCCAACUGUGCUUGUUAUCUUUCGCGAUUUUCCCGGAGAAUGCUGUCGUUAGAAAGAGGCUUCUAGGGUUUUGGUGGGAAGGGGAAUGGUUGCUGUCAUCCACAAAGACAGAGGCAGUGACCGACAAGGACAAAAAGGUGUUGAUAAAUAAAAUUCUUGGGGAAUUUGUAGAGAAGGGAUUCAUCGAGCCUGAUACCAAGAGCAGCAAAUCGCAGACUACAAGCUACAAGAUGCAUCCCAUUAUUCGUUGUCUCAUCAUCAGGUUUGCUCAUCAGGCCAACUUCUUUUACUUCAAUUCCAAGGGAUACCCCAACAAAGCUUUCUUCAAAAGCGACAAAAUAUGCCUGGUGAAAACCGAAGGACCUUCCUGGUGGUCUAAGAAUGUUCCACUUCCAAAGAAGUUUGAUCCGACAGAAAAGACAAACCAGCAAGGCAAAAUUUCAGCGGAGGAGAAGAAGAUGGAGGGGGAGGAGAAGAAGAUGGAAGGGGAGGAGGAGAGGAAGGAGGAGGCUGUCGAGAAUCAGAAGAAAGAGGAGGCGACAGAGAAGAAGAGGAGAAAGGAGAAAGGGGCAGAGAAGAGGAGGAAGGACGAAGAUGAGGCGAGGAAGAGAAAGGAGGAGGAGAAGAAGAAGAUGGAGGCGGAGAAGGAGGCGGUGAGAUUAAGUCGGGAGAAAAGGAGAGGAGCAUAUCUGGAAAAGGUACAAACUUUGUUCAAUGUGAGUAAGCAAUUCCCGGAUCUGCCCGAUGAGUUGUUUUCCAAGAUGAAGAACAUAGGCGUCCUUUACCUGGGAAGGUGGGAGAGAACAGCCGAGCGGCACAUGGAGGUUGAAAAUACUGACUUUUUGCAGGGGUUGAAGAACAUGAAAAAGCUGAGGUUUUUCAGUCUUCAAGGAAUCUCUGGAAUCGACGAGCUCCCAGAAUCUCUGGGUAAUCUUUACAACUUGAGGAUCUUGGAUCUCAGAGCUUGUCACAAUCUCGUGAAGCUCCCCAAAGAGAUUGGUUCACUCAAGAUGCUCACUUUCAUGGAUCUAUCCGAGUGCUAUUUGCUUGAAGACAUUCCCAGAGACUUGUCUAAGCUUUCGAAUCUCCUAGUCCUUAAGGGUUUCGUGAUCAGCAAGAACAGCUCAUGCAGACUCAGAGACUUGACAAAGCUGAAAAACCUGAAGAAACUCACCAUCAACAUCAACGAUGAUGAUUUCAAAAUAGAUUCCCAAGACACGGAAUCUAUUUUCUUUAGCUUUGAGAAGCUGGAGAAACUGAAAAUAGCAUGGGGAGCAGGUGGAGAGGGAUCAAAGUCCACAAAUGAAAAGAAUGGCAACUCCAAGCAAAGUGACAAAGGCAAGAAGAGUGAAGCACCGAAAUCAACUUUCGGUAAGGCGUUUCGAAAACUGAAAAUUGGGCCAUUGGUCAGAGUACGCGGAGGAGAAGGGUCUUCAAAAUCAUUUCCCGAAAAAAAAGGGGUGGCCACAACACCAAAACAGAACAUGGAACUGCGAAAACUAGACCUCCAAUGUUACCCAGAUAAAGAACUGCCUCCAUGGCUGGUACCCCACAGACUGACAUUACUUGAGCGUCUCUACAUUAAAGGUGGAAAACUGAGCAGCUUGGGUCCGAUUGACAGGCAAUGCAAAGUGAAGACUCUGCGUUUGAAGUACUUGAUUAAUAUAAAGAUAAACUGGAAAGAGAUUCAAACGCAGUUCCCAGGCCUGGAAUAUUUGGAGAAAGUCAAAUGUCCUCAAAUCGCUCUCUGCCCAUGCGAUGCAACUGGAGUUUGGGUGAAAAAGGAAUCCGACCAAACUCCAAAAAGUCACGGCGGGAAUUCACCGGACACCGACCAAACUCCAACUAGUCACGGCCAGAGUUCGUCGGACACCGUUAAUACAUGAAUUCGCUGAGCAGCUAUCAACCUUAUUGUUUUAUUUCAUUUACUCAAU